GAUUUCACACGACGCACGACGCGCUUCUAGCUUCCAGGUCACUUUCAGGAAACCCUUACAAUGAAUUUUUCUUUAGUAUCGCCCUCAUCAGCUCUCCAAAUUCUCUGGGCCUGCUAUGUCGAGAAUCUCUGGAGCUAUAAGCCGAACUCUGUAGUGGCCAAAGCUGCAUACAGCUUCAAAGUUCUUGCUUUGGCACUCCUUUUACCCAUUCUGAUAUUGAUUCUACUAGAUAUCACCUCGUACACGAUCGCCAGGACACUGGGUGUUAUUGACAUUGUCAAAGCGUCCACGUCUGACAAGCAGACAAUGUAUCCUAGAAGGGAACCGCCUAGCAUACACAUUCGCGAAGCUUCUGUAGACCGAAUUAAUGAAGAUUCCGCCCAGAAAACCAAAGACAAUCUUCGUAGUCACUUUUUCACUCUUGACAGUGACAGCAGCCAAUCGAUAGCAGUCUUGGACUCAUUAUCAGCACCCUCCGACGUACGCUUGACCGAGUACUUCACGUCUGAGGACAACAACCUCGAGUUAUCUGGCGUUGGGGUCUUUUCUCCUGCUACCUCUCGUCCUCCAUCACCAACCAUAUCUCGACGCAAAUUGGAGCCGGAGAUUCAGAGUACACUGUCUCUCCACGAGUUCGAGAUUGAUGAUGGAAGCGUACAUUUUAGAAGGAGGAACAAACCCCUUGCCGCUCUUGAAUCUAUUCAACAAUAACAUGGUUCGAGUCACUCUCAAUUUAGAGUUCCAUGUGCUCUUCUUGCGACUUUUUUCCCCUUACAAACAAUCCGCAGUAUUAUCUGACAGACAAGAACAAACUGUUGUGAUUCGGUGUCAGGCUGUUUUCUAUCUUCUCUCAAUGUAAAUGUUGUAUAAUCAUACACGGAGGCCCGUCUU